AUGACCAGCCCCUCCACGAAACGUCUUCUCAAAGAAUCAACAGACCUCCACAAGAACCCAAGUCCCUACUUCACUGCCGCCCCAAUAAGCGACACCAACCUUCACGAUUGGCACUUCACCCUCGCCGGUCCCCCCACCCCAACCCCGUACGCCGGCGGCCUCUACCAUGGCCGCAUAACUUUCCCCUCAACCUACCCGCUCCGCCCCCCAUCUUUCCGCUUCCUAACCCCAUCCGGCCGCUUCGAGGUCAACCGCGAAAUCUGUCUUAGUAUCUCCGGUCACCAUGAGGAAACGUGGCAGCCAGCCUGGGGCGUGAGGACAGCGCUGCUAGCCAUCCGGUCGGAGAUCAUGGGUGGUGAGAGUAAGGGGCAGGUUGGCGGGGUGGAGGGGAGUACAGAGCUGAGGAAGGAGUAUGCGAAAGUGAGCUUGCAGUGGGCUUGUCGGGAGUGUGGGGUUAGUAAUGGGGAGGCUAUGAAGGAUUGGUGGACUGUUUGUGUGGAGAGGGGUGUUGAGGUCGACGUUGAGGGGUUCGAGGGUAAUGCUACGGCUUCUUCUGCAGAUGGGGUGGGACAGCAGGCUGGUACUGCUGAUGCGAGUGAGGAGGUUUCCGAGAAGGAGCAGGUUGAGCCUGUUUUAUCGACAUCGACAACGAAUACCGAUGCGCCAUCGCAAACGCCACUGCAAACGGAGCCUGAGACCCAAACACGACCACAACCACAACAACUUAAACAAGCGCCAACGCCAACGCCAACCGUGUCGCAAUCUACCGCGCAGGCUCAACCAUCACAAUUAACACAAGAUGGUGCGUCUUCAUCGACGGGAUUGAGUCAGCCAUCGACUUCGCAAACGACUGCCCUUCAGCCUCGGCCUGUACGUGCCGCUGCAGGUAUCACACAUUCAUCCGAACCCGCGAACAGCCCAUGGCUAGACAGGGCUAUUGUGGUCGUUGUGUUUGCUUUGAUCAUCUUGAUUCUACGCCAGACAUUGGAUGUUGAUGACCUGUAA